CGAUUUUGUAAAUACGAUCAUUUAUAAAGAAAACAAUGAGACUGGAUGUAAUCACGCAAAAUAACAAUAUCCUAUGACUAGUAAGUAGAUAAUAACUUUUGCCAAUGAUAUUAGGAUGGAGCGUAUGGAUUUGAGUUUUAGAUCCAUCACAAAAAAUUUGGAAACAAAAUUGUGCACAUUUGUUUUUUCAUUUAUUACAAUUUGUAGAUUUGGCUUCAAGUUUUUUAAUAGAUUACAACCCUUUAAUUUUUGACAAUUAAUUGUUUAACUCAAUUAGUGUUUUUUCGCCAGUUCAAGUUUCAUUUCUAUGAAAUUAUAUCUACGUAAUGUGUAUACUAGUUAUGGUUUAGCUAUAUAAUUUUUUCUAGUAGUAAAUUCUUACAAAAUAAAGAUACGCGAUAUAUGACAAUCCGUAUUCGAUUAAAUUCACAUUUUUAAACCCAAAUUUCUGUAAAAUGAUGGAACCUAUUAGCAUUUACAGAAAGUUGAGAAUACGUAUAAACAAUGGAUAAAUUCGAUUGGCAGGUUAUUUCUAACAACAAAUUAACUUAAAACAUUAAUAAUUUAGAAAUAUGCUAUUUUGAUAGUAUUUAGUUUAAAAAAAUAAGUAUAUUUAUUUUUUCUAAAUUUUCUAAAUAUGUUAGAGAAAACUCAUAUUAACAGUCACAUUUUAUUUAACGUUAAACUGCAUUAAUUAAUUUCUUAUGUUCACUUGAAAAUACGUUUAGUUUGGGUUUGAGUGUUUAAUCUAUUAUAAAUAUGAGACAAAAUUUCAUUCUAAAAUACCAGAUACAAACAUUUUAAUAUAUUAUAUUAAUACAUUUGCCACUUAUUUCGAAAACAUUGGCACAAUGGCUCACACUUCUUCCCGAAAUACUAUCUUAUUCAUUGUUGUUGCUUUGAUUUGUGUGUUCGUUCCUGCAUUCUCUGUUGAAGAAGCUGAAGCAAAAUCACUAUGGGAUACAUGUCUUCUUAAAAUCAGUCCAAAAUGUGCGUUGGAUAUAAUUGGUGUUGUCUUUGAAAAUCUAACCAUCACUGAUGCAUGUUGUCAUGAUCUUGUUCAAGAAGGAAAAAUGUGUCACGAUACUCUUAUCAAAUAUAUUGCUGAGAAGCCGCAUUUAGUUGCCCACGAAACAGAGUAUUUGAAGAAAAGUGAUGAUUUGUGGAGUCAUUGUGUCUCAAUUUCGCAAACUGCUUAAAAAUAUAUUAUGCUUGUAUUGAUCUGAUUAACAGAAUUUUUAUUUAACUAUCGUUAAAUUUUAUUUGAUCAAAAAUUAUGGAUCAAACAGUGUGCAAUAUAAAGCGACCAUCAAGUGAAUCUCAUUCUAAAUGAAUCAAUACAAAUAUUAACUCAAUUAACAAACAUUGCGCUAACCAUACAAUAAUAACAAGACAUAUAUGAAUAAUUUCAAACAAUAUUGCUUAAUUAGUUUAAUUUAACUUAUCUUUAAUUUUAAAAAUUAAUUUUCAACUACGAUGUCAAUCAUUAUUUUAACAUAAACUGAAAAUUAUGUUGGAUAAUUUAAAACAAGAAGCUAAAAAAAUAUCUAAUGUGUCACCUUUGAAACCUUUGAGUUUAGUAGUACAGGCUAAUAUAAUGGCUUGGAAAAAAAAACUAUUUCGAAUACUCAUUUUGUAAAUACGAUGAGUUACAAAGAAAACAAUGAGACUGGAUCUAAUCACGCAAAAGAACAAUAUCCUAUGACUAGUAAGUAGAUAAUAACUUAUGCCAAUGAUAUUAGGAUGGAGCGUAUGGAUUUGAGUUUUAGAUCCACCACAAAAAAUUUGGAAAUGAAAUUUUGCACAUUUUUUUUUUCAUUUAUUACAAUUUGUAGAUUUGGCUUCAAGUUUUUUAAUAGAUUACAACCCUUUAAUUUUUGCCAAUUGAUUGUUUAACUCAAUUAGUGUUUUUUCGCCAGUUCCAGUUUCAUUUCUAUGAAAUUAUAUCUACGUAAUGUGUAUACUAGUUAUGGUUAGCUAUAUAAUUUCUUCUAGUAGUAAACUCUUACAAAAUAAAGAUACGCGAUAUAUGACAAUCUGUACUCGAUUAAAUUCACAUUUUAAACCCAAAUUUCUGUAAAAUGAUGGAGCCUAUUAGCAUUUACAGAAAGUUGAGAAUACGUAUAAACAAUGGUUAAAUUCGAUUGCCAGGUUAUUUCUUAACAACAAAAUAACUUAAAACAUUAAUAGUUUAGAAAUAUAAUAUUUUUAUAGUAUUUUAGUUUAAACAAUAAGUAUAUUUCUUUUUCUAAAUUUUCUAAAUAUGGUACAGAAAACUCAUAUUAACGAUCACAUUUUAUUUAAUGUUAAACUGCAUUAAUUAAUUUGUUAUGUUCA